AAACAACCCGCCCUCCCUCCGCGUCCUCUGCGGUCCAACUUACCUUGGAGACGGUGGGCCUGACGAAGCCGCGCCUGGCCUCUCCCGCUUUUCCAGACCGCUGACUCCUGUCCGCCGGCAGAGUUGGGUCUAAAUGAGCACCAUCAAAAUGAAGUUAUUAACUACAUGCGUUUUGCUCGUUCAAAAAGAGGCUUGAGACUCAAAACUGUAGAUUCCUGCUUCCAAGACCUCAAGGAGAGCAGGCUGGUGGAGGAGACCUUCACCAUAGAUGAAGUCUCUGAAGUCCUGAAUGGGUUACAGGCCGUGGUCCACAGCGAGGUGGAGUCUGAGCUCAUCAACACGGCCUACACCAAUGUGCUACUUCUGCGGCAGCUUUUCUCACAAGCUGAGAAGUGGUACCUCAAGCUACAGACAGACAUCUCUGAACUUGAAAACAGAGAAUUAUUGGAACAAGUUGCAGAAUUUGAAAAAGCAGAAUUUACAUCUUCAAAUAAAAAGCCCAUCAUAGAUAACAUAAAGCCAAAACUUGCUCCACUUAACGAUGGUGGAACAGCAGAACUCCUAAACAAGGAAAUUUUAAGACUUCAAGAAGAGAAUGAGAAAUUAAAGUCAAGGCUGAAGACCCUUGAAACACAGGCAACAAAUGCAUUGGAUGAGAAGUCAAAACUAGAAAGAGCACUGCAAGAUUUACAGCUUGAUCAAAGAACUCAGAAGGAUUUUAUAAAGACCCAAGACUUGAGUGACUUGGAAAACACAGUUGCUGCUUUAAAGAGUGAGUUUCAGAAGACACUUAACGACCAGACAGAAAACCAGAAGUCCCUGGAGGAGAAUCUAGCGACAGCCAAGCAUGACCUACUCAGGGUGCAGGAGCAGCUGAGCAUGGCUGAAAAGGAAUUAGAGAAAAAAUUCCAACAAACAGCAGCUUAUCGAAACAUGAAAGAGAUUCUCACCAAGAAGAAUGACCAAAUCAAAGACCUGAGGAAAAGACUGGCGAAAUAUGAACCUGAAGAUUAAAAACUGAAGAAGAUUUCAUCUGGAAGCUGCCACUACAUGAAAGUACAAGCUGUUUCUCACCUCAGGCAUGUAUUUGAAGCAGUUUGUUGUAUUCCCUCUCUUUAUUUUUCUAAUAUUUAGACUUUGCUUCUGAUAUUUAGAACUAGAGUUCCUAUUUCAGUUACCUAAUUGAGGAGAAAACCUACUGACUGAUUCUGGCCUGUCAUCCCAAACUCUUCUCUGCUGAGUGCUCCAGAAUCUUAGUUCAAAUGCAGUGAGAAUUCUUUAUAGUAAAGAAGAGGCUUAUCCUUUUGCAUUAGUGUAAAGAGCAUGCCUUUUCAAUAAAUGUUAAAGCUAGCAUUGUCUGUACUUGUGCAUUCCCCAGAGGAAAAAUAUAGAAUCAUUAAAGAUAGUUACUACAAAUAAACGUUAUUUUUUAACAUGAAAUCUAAUUUGUUUUCUAUAUGUGAUCAUCAAAAAACUAUGAAUUUAUUGAAAAUGUGAAUACCAUCUAUUAUAGGCAUCAUUUUUACCAGUUAUAAUGAAAAUUAACAGUGAACAUGAGGUUUCGGUUAACUCCUUUGGUCUCUCUAGCUAAAUGCUGAGGAGGGUCAGACAUUUUUUGCAGCAUAACUUAUGAGUCCGUAUUACUAAUGGAGAAGGCAGAGCCAUCCUGUACUUAUACAGUUGAGAAAGUAUCUGGAUUCAGAAUAAAUGUAAUCUUUAUACUUCAGUUUCCAGAAUAUUCUUUUAAGUUAUAUUAAAUGAGAACACUUUUUUUUUUAUAUAUAAAUUUAUUUAUGGCUGCAUUGGGUUUUUGUUGCGGUGAGUGGGCUUCUCAUUGUGGUGGCUUCUCUUGUUGUGGAGCACGGGCUCUAGGCACGCGGGCUUCAGUAGUUGUGGCUCACGGGCUCUAGAGCACAGGCUCAGUAGUUGUGGAGCACGGGCUUAGUUGCUCCAUGGCAUG